CCUUACCCAGUGCUGCCGGUUAUAUUUCCGGUCUCGACACAGUAUCGCAUUAUUCUUGGUGUCUUUGAGUUUUAAAUUUUGACUCCUCCCUGGCAGGUUCAAAAAGAACAAGAAAUAUUUAUAAAUAUACCUAUCUAUUAAAAGAAGGAUAUUUGGCAGAUACUUGUCGCGGCGCGUAACCUGAUUCCUUACCGCUGUCUACUACCUGUUUUCCGCCGCAGUCACUCCUUUUGCUUACGUCGUUGCGCUUCCGACAAAGACCACACCUCCCAGACCACCAGCCUUCAAGGCCCUCAUUCCAUCACUUCCGACACGGUCGCUGGCCUCGACCUUCGAAGGAAACCAGAAUACCCAACUACAAACAGAAAGAAGGGGGUUUCAGAAACUUAUACACUUAUAGAGGAUACAGAAAUACAGAGUCGCUAGUCUCUGCGACGUGUUCCUUCCGGUUUCCAUGUCGCUUGGUUAAGACACCAAGUUUACCAACCCGUCCUUUUUAUUUUUUUUUUCUUUUUCUUUUUCUUUUUUACAUACUUCUUGGCUGCGAUAGGGGCAAUCGGCUCCUGCAAUCGUCAUAAUGCUUUCAGAGAAAUACAUAGGGCUACUUUUAGCCAUGCUCUCGACAUUGGCUAUAGGUACCAGUUUCGUCAUCACAAAGAAGGGAUUGAUGCAGGCCUCUGAAAGACAUGGUUUCGAGGGUGAAGGGUUCUCCUAUCUGAAGAGUCCGAUAUGGUGGGGAGGUGUCGUAACAUUGGGCCUCGGCGAAAUUUGCAAUUUCGCAGCGUAUGCGUUUGCGCCGGCUAUCCUUGUCACUCCCUUGGGUGCGCUUAGCGUCUUGAUAGGUGCUGUCCUUGGCUCCUAUUUCCUCCAUGAGAGAUUGGGUACGUUGGGAAAGCUGGGCUGUGCCACGUGUCUCCUUGGGUCUGUUGUAAUUGUCCUUCAUGCACCUCCAGACAAAGAUGUGAAGACAAUAAAUGAGAUUCUUCAGUACGCUCUGGAGCCAGGCUUUCUCCUCUAUUGCCUAGCCGUAGCGAUAUUUUCAACGGUGAUGAUUUACCGGGUUUCGCCAGUCUACGGCAAGAAGAAUCCUCUUGUCUACGUCUCGAUUUGCUCCACAGUCGGCUCUGUUUCCGUUAUGUCCGUCAAGGCAUUCGGCAUUGCGUUCAAACUCACCUUCCAGGGCAAUAAUCAGUUCACCCAAGCGUCAACAUAUGUCUUUGCGAUUGUGACAGGUUUCUGCAUUCUUACUCAGAUGAACUAUUUAAACAAGGCUCUGAACCAGUUCUCUACGUCAAUUGUCAAUCCACUCUACUAUGUCACUUUCACCACCGCUACUCUAUGCGCCUCGUUUAUCUUGUUCGGGGGCUUUAAUACCACGGAUGCCGUGAAUAUCAUUUCCCUAUUAUGUGGAUUUCUCAUCACCUUUUCCGGCGUGUAUCUCCUGAACCUUUCUCGAGCCGAUCCGGAUGGACGGACACUACUUAGCACCAAGAUGGACGAUGAUGGAAUACCUACAGAUGGUAUCACGGGCUACCAGACCCGACGAUCUAUGCAAUCCCGAAGAAGCUAUGACCCCCAUCGCCGAAGUACCUCAUCUGCUUUCUUCGCCUCACCAAGUGACCGUGAGGCCUUGAUCCAUUCUUACGACGCGGAGAAUGGAAGCGUCGGGUUGGCAGAUUUGCCAGAAGACGUUGAUGGAGGGCCUGGUCCUACCCUGAAGCGUAGUGAGGAAUUAGAGCGCGGCUCCCGCCGUGUCAAACGUGACGAUUAGCAUGACAUUGGCAUAUUUCUUUCUUUAUCUUAUCUGCUUGGUUUUCUUUUCUCGUUUCCUUUUGGACUCAUGGAAAAUGUCAUAGGUAUGAUUUUUCUUUAUUCUUUCUCCCUUUCUUUCUUCGUUUAUUUUCGUUUUUGGUUUGAAAUUUCCCCCUGUCUUUCUGGAAACGCAUCUCCCAUGUACUUUUAUUCUCUUUUCAAGUUCAAAAUACCAGGGCAAGUUGGGAAUGAGAGAUGCCCAUGCACGAUUGGAUAUGACUUGGGCUUGGUUUGGUUGAACAGGAUGGUAUGCCUUCUGGCUGGCUGAUUUCUGACGGUGUCCGUUGGGGUUCUCGAUUGAUUAGGCUGUGGGCUUGUAUAUAUACCGGCGAUUAACGUGAAAUAGAAAGAAUGUUCUUCAUCGUAG